AUGGUCCCAAGGACCAUUCCCUGGAAGUGGAUUUCUGGAAUCUUAGGAGUAAUGUGUGUGUUAUUGCUUGCUAUUGUGGGAGUUUUGAUAAAAAUGUCAUUUCAUAAACAAAGUAUUGAGCCAGAAUUCACCAUGGAUCUCCAGGAAGACUUUGGCUGCUGCCCUUGUCAAGACAAGUGGGUUGGAUACAAAUGCAACUGUUACUUCAUUUCUGAUGAAACUAAGAUUUGGGAAGAAAGUAGGAAUUUUUGUGUUUCUCAGAAUUCCAGUCUACUUCAAAUGCAAAAGAGUGAUGAAUUGCACUUCAUGAGAUCCAGUAAAUAUUUUUACUGGACUGGCAUAUCUUACAGUGAAGAUCAUGGACGCUGGUUGUGGCUGAAUGGUUCUUCUGUCUCUCCAGAUGUAUUGGAAAUCUCUUCAACAACAAAUACAAAUCACUGCAUAGCAUACAGCCCAAGAAAAACUGUGUUAAGUGAAUCUUGCUCAAACAAAAAUCGUUAUAUCUGCAAGCAAUAA